AUGCCUUGGAACCAUCUAACUUACUCAGAACUACAGAAUGCUAAAAUUCUUAUAAUCAAGAAUAUCCAGACUCAAAACUAUGGUGAAGUCAAAACCUCACUCAAGGAAAAUAAGAGAAAUAAUUUAAUUAGUCAAUUAGGACUUGUAUUGGAUCAGGAAGGAAUCAUCAGAUGCAUUGGAAGACUCAAGGAUGCUCAGCUUUCAGAAGGAGCAAGAACUCCCAUCCUCCUUCCAAGAAAGAGCCAUGUCACGGGGCUAAUUAUUGAUUACAUCCAUAAAAAAUCAUUUCAUGUUGGAGUCUCCCAAACACUGUCAUUGGUUCGUCAAGAAUACUGGAUUCCACAGGGAAGAGCAGAAGUAAAAAGAAUACUUCAUAAAUGCACAAUCUGUAAGCGGUUUGAGGGUGGUCCUUACAAGAUGCCACUGAUGCCUCCACUACCAAAGAAACGUGUGAGUGAAUCAGCACCAUUUACAAACACGGGAGUUGACUACUUUGGACCAAUCUUCAUCAAAACAGAAACUGGCAAUAAAAAGGUAUGGGUCUGUCUAUUUACUUGCUUGGUAGUAAGGGCCAUACACCUUGAACUCAUGCAGGACAUGUCCACAGAACAGUUUCUACUAGGACUAAGGAGAUUUAUUGCGCGUUGGGGCAAGCCAAAACAAAUUAUCUCUGAUAAUGGUGCUCAAUUCAAACUUGCAAGCCUGGUUUUGGAUAAAGGUUGGGAAAAGGUUACGUCUGAUAAUGAUGUCCAAAGUUAUAUUGCAAAUGAAGAGAUUCAGUGGCAAUUUAUUGUGGAACUGGCACCAUGGAUGGGAGGAUUUUAUGAACGUCUGGUUGGUGUUGUCAAACGAUGCUUAAGAAAAACUAUAGGAAAACUCUGUUUAACAAAUGAGCAAAUGAGAACGAUGCUUGCAGAAGCUGAGGCAGUCGUGAAUUCGAGACCCUUAGUCUAUAUUGGAGACGAUAUUAAUUGA